AUGGCCGGACAAUGGGAGCGCCCGCAUACGCGCAGCCCAAGGCGGACGUCCGAAAUGGACGUGGUGCUGGAGGACACGCGGCGACAACGCAAGCAGCCGCAGGAAAUGAUGUUCGAUUACGUCGGCAUCGUGCGCUCGACAGACCGGCUGUUCAAGGCCCUCAAACGAGCUGCGAAAUGUGAGAACGGCGUGGGAGUCGCUCCUAGAAGAGCGGGGCUGGACUGCGGGCACUGUGAGCGCUCUGGUCAGGCGGGAGAGGCGUGGCCUGCACGUCACUACAGACCACCCCGAAUACGCUGGCGAAAGGUUCAUGCCGAAAACCGUUCCGAGGGAAGAGCUAGCGCCACGGGACGUCGGGCCCGAAGCAAUAAUUACCAGCUGAAGCAGCGCGGCGAGAAGUACGUCCUUUUGGCCUUCAGUCACAAGCCGUGCGUUUCCCAACAUCGCUAA